AUGCGAGCGAGAUUUGACAUUCCUGAUAAUACCGGAUCAUUUCUACGUGGUCUCUGUUGUCCUUUCGAUGAACAAAUCAGGCGUGAUAAUGUUGAACAGUGUCUUAUGGCACCAUUGCUCCACAAACUACCAGUUCAUCCCUACUAUUGCAGAGACUAUCCCGAUUAUCUUGAACCUACAAAUUCAGAACCAUUUUAUAAUGUUCCUCGAUUGAGUACAAUUGUUAGUAACAUCAUGGGUAAGUCUUUCGCGGAAGCAGUCGGACAAAUAGCGUUAACUGCAGAUGGUAUUAAUGAUCACAUUUUGGACAUGAUUUCAUUUGCCGGCGACUAUAUUGGAAGUCUACAAUUAACCUGGACUCGUAACAAAACCAUCAAUGAUACAAGUAUUACCACAAAGCAAAAGAGAGUUCGACCAGAUGUCACUAUUUAUUGUAAUGGGUUGCUUGUAAUGAUGGAUGAAGAAAAAGAUGUUAAAGAAAAAUUAGAUAUCGCGGCCCAACAACUGGAUGGUUAUUUUCGCUUCUGGAAUAUUUUAUGA